AUGUAUCAAAAUGUUCUGGGGCCUUUCGCUCCCAGCGGCACUGCGACAGCAGACCCAACCGUAACUAUGUCGGCGGGCGUCGUGAUAGGGACUACAUUCUCUGCGACAAACCUGCCAAGUUCCACAGCUACAGCCAAUGCUUACCUAGGAAUCCCUUUUGCAAAAUCACCCCCAGAGAGGUUUUCUCCGCCGCAGGACCCAGUGCCAUGGUCGAGUCCACUUCUCGCACAAACUCCAGCGCCAGGGUGUAUCGCCCAGAAUCUGACCGGAUCGGACAAGACGGCAUUAGAUUACACUCCGAUCUUGCAUAUCUCUGACGAAGUAGAACAGAGCGAGGAUUGCCUGUAUCUCAAUGUGUAUGCUCCGCCAGAUGCGUCUCCUUCCAACCUAAAGGAAGUCAUGUUCUGGGUUUAUGGAGGUAACUUGAUGUUUGGCGAUUCAAAUCUCCCUUUUUACAACGGUACAUCGUUCGCAGUCAACGAGGAUGUCGUUGUAGUAUCUCACAAUUAUCGCACUAAUAUUUUCGGCUUCUCCAAUGCCGGCGACCUCCCCGCUGACCAGCGAAAUGUCGGGUUUCUCGACCAACGACAGGCACUAGAUUGGGUCCAGAAGAACAUCAAACACUUCGGUGGCGACCCGACCAAGGUAACGGUUUUCGGGGAGUCCGCAGGAGGGUUUUCCGUAAAGCAACUGCUCGCCAACCCACCUUCACCACUACCAUUCAGAGCCGCUAUCGUCGAGUCUGAACAGGCACUGUUUCAUAAUGGACCCGAAAAUUACCAAAAGGUCUUAGAAAACUUCAACUGCCCUGAUGUCGAUUGUCUUCGUGGUAUAUCCGCGAUAGAUAUCGUAGACUACAUCCAAGAGCAAACUCUAUUAUUUGGCCCCACUGAAGACGACAAAACAUACAUUUCAAAUGUGACCACAAGUAUCGACUCCGGCCAGUUCGCCGAUGUGCCCAUUAUGCUAGGCACAAAUAAAAAUGAACUCAGUGCCCUGGUCUGGGCCAUUUCACAGUCCUCCAGCUAUUCUAUCCGGCUUACGCUGGCGGGCGUCCUUGUGAAGCUGUUCGACGUGGGUACUAUCAAGGCCUGGAUGGACGCAGGAGAUAUUUUACAGUAUGUGGAAGCAUCCACAGGACAAGACCCAACUUGGGACGAUAUCAGCCGCGUCGCGACUGACUUGGCCUUUACCUGUACCACAGGAGCCAUCGUCAACUACACAGUCGAUCAUGGAUAUGACGUUUGGCGCUACCGAUUCUCGGCCUCUGUGCAGUACAACAACACAUUUCCCGGCGAGGGCGCUGUUCACGCGUCUGAGGUCCCAGGGGUAUUCAACACAUGGGCCGAUCCAACGAACGCAACUCUAUCUGCUCUCGGCCAGUACAUGAAUAAAGUGUGGGCUGGAUUCGCCAAGGAUCCCGCGGCGGGUCCGGGGUGGCCCCAUGUUGGGGAGAACCAGGACUUUGAGCUGGGCGAUAUAGGCGAACAAGGGAACCCUGGACAGCAGCCUAUCUCGCUUGGGGAAACAGAUAGUUAUUGUGAUUUUCUGCUUCCUUAUGCUAACCAGUUCGGACUUGCGUGGUGA